AUGGUUCUGCUUCUGGCCCCUGAUUCAAACUCUGAUAAUGUGGACAAAGUUUGUAAAAAGUCAGAUUCUCCAGUUCACACCUCCACUGGUUGGGGAGAGGAUUCCUCCAAGUCUGGGAUAAGGAAUGCCUUGAGGGAUUAUGCUCAGUCACCUGAUGCUGAGAAGAAACCCUUGAGGUACAUGGCUGGCAUGCUGAGGACCUGCCAGCUUGAGAAGAUGAUGACCAGAGAAGAACUGGAGGAAGAGCAGUGGGUUCAGCGAGAGCAGUUAGCUGCCAUCUUUCAGCUGCUCAGAGACAAACAAGACACGUUUGGUGAGGUGACAGAGAGUGAUUUACAAGAACAGCUUAAACUCUAUUCUAUUUGA